AUUCCAGAUGCCUGGCCGGCUUGGAAACGCCGGUUUGCGAGAUAUCGCCUCGCCUCAGAGCUCAACGCGAAAGACGAGAAAGUGCAAAUCUCUACGUUGCUCUACUCGCUGGGCCCUGAGGCCGAAACUGUCUUCGAUCAACUGGUAUUCGACACCGUUGGAGACGAGGACAAGUAUGACAAGGUCAUGACGAAGCUGGACGCUUACUUUACGCCAGCAUUGAACGUGUUUCACCAGAGGACCAUUUUCGAACAGUGCGUCCAUCUUCCAGGAGAGUCCGUGGAAGAAUUUGUUCGGAAACUUCACGCAGCAGCGAAGUUCUGUGACUUUGGUGACCAGAAGGACAACAGAAUUCGAGAUCGCCUCAUGGCUCACAUUCUGGAUCGUCAAGUCGCCAAGGAGCUGCAGCUGAUUGAGCCCGCAAAACUCACCCUCACGGACGCAGUUCUCAGGGCCAGGCAGGCCGAGAAAAUUUCCGGAGACGUUGCAGCGCAAGCCGCCAGGCCGCAGGUCAAUGCUGCAUCCCGCUUUGGAGGAAAGCAGCAAGAUGCCAGGAGUCACCGCCAGCGCAGCGGCGUACCGUCGAAGCCUGCACUAACGCCGUCCACGCAGAGGAAGAGCGGCACUGCAGCUUCAACAUGUCCGUGGUGUGGCCACGCUGGUUCGCACAAGAGUAACCGUUCUGCGUGUCCUGCGUUUGGUCGCAAGUGUAAUUCAUGCGGCAAGCAGGGCCACUUCGCCGCCGUCUGUCUUUCCACUCCAGCAACCACGCGUGGUGCCAGAGCUGUCGAAGAUGAAUCGCUCGCGUCCCCGUCGCCAUUCAUGGGUGGUGUUGCAGAGCUGUCAUCCAACGCCAGUCCUUCCCAGUCCACCGACGCCUGGUCAGUAAGUCUGCCUGUUUGCUCGACAAAUUUGAUAUUCAAGAUCGACACAGGUGCAGAUGUAUCAUGUAUCACGCACUCCACGUAUCAGAAUCUCGUACAACGCCCUGUACUCACACCAUCCGCUACCAAACUCCUUGGUCCAUCUGGUGCACCUCUAUCCAUCAAGGGUCAGUUCACUGCAGACACCAUGCACAAGAGUGAACUGUUCUCUAUGGAGAUCGUAGUUAUCGAUGGUCCUGGAUCUACCAACCUGUUGAGUCGCAGAGACUGCCUCCGACUUCGCCUGAUCCAGCGUUUAGAUGCAGCAGAAUCGUGUACCAGCAAGCCAGCACAGCCCAUCGGUUGUAUGGUUGGGCCCCCAGCUGAUAUCAAGCUCGUGGACGACGCCACGCCGUACCACUGUGGUGUUGCCCGCCGUGUGCCUCUGCCUCUACAGGACAAGGUCACAGAAGAGCUCGCACGUAUGGAGGAAAUGGGCAUCAUCGUCCGGGAAACGGGUCCCUCUGACUGGUGCUCUCCUAUGGUGCCGGUUCGUAAACCAAAUGGUCGCGUACGGAUCUGCGUAGACCUAAAGAAGCUGAACGGCAACGUGAAGCGCGAGCACUUCCCUCUUCCGACAGUUGAGGACACACUGGCUAGGCUCGCCGGAUCUACUGUCUUUUCCACGCUGGAUGCCAACAGCGGCUUCUGGCAAGUGCCUCUCACGGAGUCUGCAUCCAAGCUGACCACGUUCAUCACGCCUGUGGGUCGGUUCCGAUUCCUCCGGAUGCCAUUCGGUAUAACCUCUGCACCGGAAAUCUUCCAGCGACGCCUGCAGGACUUCCUCUCCCAUGUCAAAGGUUCCGAGGUAUUCAUGGACGACGUUCUGGUCCACGCCGCUAACGAAGCUGAACACGACCACCGGCUGGACACAACGCGCCAGGUCCUUGCCGACGCAGGCAUCACUCUAAACCCCGACAAAUGCCACCUCAAGCAGUCAUCAGUCAAGUACCUGGGACACAUCGUCAGCGGGUCCGGUGUGAAACCCGACCCCAGCAAAGUCUCCGCCAUUGACGACCUCAAGGAGCCUUCGAAUGUUCCUGAGCUUCGCCGUGCCUUAGGUCUCUUCACCUACGUCGCCAGAUUCAUCCCGGAAUUGGCUACGAUCUCAGCGCCCCUCCGUCAGCUCCUGCACACCGACACUGAUUGGUUCUGGGACUCCCCGCAGCAGGACGCGUUCCGUCGGCUGAAAGAGCUCGUCGUUUCAGCCCCGUGCUUAGUGCACUAUGACCCCAAGCGUCCCAUCAUGGUCAGUGCCGAUGCCAGCAGCUAUGGCAUUGGUGGUGUUCUGCUCCAGAAGCACGAUGGCGACUGGCGCCCAGUAGCCUACGCCUCCCGUUCCCUGACCAAGACGGAACAAGGCUACGCGCAGAUCGAAAAGGAAUGCCUCGCAGCGGUGUGGACGUGCGAGAGGUUAGACCAGUACCUCUUCGGCGCUCCCAGGUUCAUUGUGCAGACGGACCACAAGCCGCUAGUGCCACUGAUCAACACCAGAGACCUGGACAAGGUUCCCAUCCGAUGCCAACGAAUGCUGCUCCGCUUCCUCCGGUACGAAGUCCAUGCCAUACACGUUCCCGGCAAGGAUCUGGUGGUGGCUGACACGCUUUCACGAGCGCCAGCAUCGGCAUCAGUUGACAACGUUCUGCAAGACGACAUCGGCAUGGUUUUAUCAACCACUGCCGAAGAUCUCACAAGUCCAUCCGUUCUCGCCGACCUAGCCAAGGCUACGUCUGAAGAUCCCGUGUUAUCCAGUGUGAUGCGCUACGUCAUCCAUGGCUGGCCUGCUACCGUCCCUGACGACAUCAAGCCGUUCCAUCGUGAGCGAGGCCAGUUGUCUCACAUGCAAGGUGUAUUGUGCCACGGCUUUCGCCUGGUUGUUCCGUCCGUGCUACAGCCUGAGAUCCUCCAGAAGCUGCACGAUGGUCACCAAGGUGUCACGAAGAGUAAAGCCCGUGCCCGCUUCUCGUCAUGGUGGCCAGGUAUCUCUGCCGACAUCGAGGCGUACGUCGCCAAGUGCACUACCUGUAUCAACCAGCGUCAUCAGUCUCCAGAGCCUCUUCAGACAACUCCGUUCCCCGAGCGUCCGUGGCAGCGUAUCGCAUCGGAUCUCUGUGAUGUCGACGGCCGCCAGUACCUGAUUACCGUCGACUAUUUCUCCCGUUACAUUGAUGUCGCUUGUCUCUCAUCGACUACGUCACGGGCCGUCAUUACUCAUCUGAAGAGCGUAUUUGCUGCCCACGGCUAUCCGGACAUCUUCGUCAGCGAUAACGGGCCACAGUUCGCUUCCGACGCCUUUGCACAGUUUAUGUCGUCGUGCAACAUCACGCAUCGGACCAGCAGCCCGAAGCAUCCUCAAAGCAACGGCGAAGCAGAACGCGCCGUGCAGACUGCCAAACGACUCAUCCGUGCGCCAGGUGAUCUACAGCAGUCCCUCCUAGCGUAUCGCUCCACACCCCUGGCCAACGGCUAUUCGCCCGCCGAACUAUUGUACGGCCGCAGGCUCCGCACCAAUCUUCCGUGCCCACCUGAUCUCCUGCAACCCUCCUGGCCAGACAUCACCGCUCUCCGGGCCAAGGAGCAGGAGGCUAAGCAUCGGCAAGAAGAUCACUUCGAUCAACGCUUCGCAGCAAAGUCGCUCUCCCCUCUGCCACUGGGAGCGAAAGUGUGGGCCGACGACAAGCGCGAGGGUACAGUGGUUGAGCAACUCACCAAUCGCUCCUACAACAUCGCCACCUCAUCCGGUCUUCUGCGCCGAAACCGCCGUGCAGUGAAGUUGCUCCAGCCAGUGACUCCUCCCGGACCGGUGCCAGCAGUACCACCACCGGCCGCGCUAGUCCCGCAACAACAGCCUGUGCCUACGUCACAGCCAACUCUCCGUGCUCGCAACAACAUCCAGCCACCGCAGAGAUUGAUCGCUACCAUAUAACUCUCUCUGGCUUCAUGCUAUUGCUAUUGCUCUCCCGCACAUUGCAUAGUUCUGUUCUAUGUGCCCGGCUAUGUACAACCCGUACAUGUAUCUGUCUUGCCUUUUCUCCAUAACAGUUUUUUUCCCAGCUGUUGUGUUUUUGCUCUCUUUAAUUUUUUUUCAAAAAGGGGGAGAUGUCCUAUCCUGUAUCAUGUUAUCCUUUCACCCAUUCACGGCAUAGUCCUUCCCCUGCCUGUCGCCAUGUAUAGACGGUACGUGACCUCUCACUACCCCCGUGCUACGCACGAUACCAUGCUCUGCUGGGCAUGGCCUCCCUGACUCUUCACUAUAUCUACACUCAUCUGUCUGUAAAAUAAACGACUUCCUUAUGUCAGUACAUGACACA